GUGAGACAGUGUAAACAAUGGCUCAACUUUAUUAUAAAAGAACCGACAACUCUUCAUACAGAGACCGCAUUCCACUUCGGAUAGUGCGAGCCGAAUCUGAGCUGUCGCCUUCAGAGAAAGCCUAUUUAAGCGCUGUGGAGAAAGGGGACUAUGCCAGUGUUAAGCAAGCACUGGAGGAAGCCGAAAUUUAUUUCAAAAUCAAUAUUAACUGCAUCGACCCUCUUGGGAGAACAGCUCUUCUUAUUGGCAUUGAAAAUGAGAACCUUGAAAUCAUUGAACUCCUCUUAAGUUUUAAUGUGUAUGUUGGGGAUGCUCUUCUUCAUGCCAUCAGGAAGGAGGUCGUUGGGGCUGUGGAGCUGCUGCUGAAUCACAAAAAACCCAGUGGAGAAAAGCAGGUGCCACCCAUAUUGCUGGAUAAGCAGUUUUCGGAUUUCACACCCGACAUCACACCAAUCAUUCUGGCUGCUCACACCAAUAACUAUGAGAUUAUAAAGCUUCUGGUCCAGAAAGGGGUUUCCGUACCCCAGCCACAUGAAGUGCACUGUAACUGUGUGGUAUGUGUCUCCAGCACAGAUGUGGACAGCUUGCGACACUCCAGAUCCAGGUUGAACAUCUACAAGGCUUUGUCAAGCCCAUCUUUGAUAGCCCUGUCCAGCGAAGAUCCCUUUCUUACGGCCUUCCAGUUGAGUUGGGAGCUACAGGAGUUAAGCAAAGUGGAGAAUGAGUUCAAAUCAGAGUAUGAGGAACUAUCGCAUCAGUGCAAAGAGUUUGCAAAGGACCUUUUGGAUCAGACCAGAAGCUCCAGAGAAUUAGAAAUCAUUCUUAAUUACCGGGAUGAUAGCAGUCUGCUAGAAGAGGAGAACAGCAACGAUCUAGCAAGACUGAAGCUGGCAAUUAGGUACCAUCAGAAAGAGUUUGUUGCUCAGCCAAACUGUCAACAGUUGCUUUCCUCACGCUGGUAUGACGAGUUUCCCGGAUGGAGAAGACUCCAUUGGGCAGGGAAGUUCAUAACAUGCAUAUUUAUAGGACUUAUGUUUCCAGUAUUCUGUGUAUGUUACCUAAUUGUCCCAAAAAGCCCGUUUGGCCUGUUCAUCAGAAAGCCCUUCAUAAAGUUUAUUUGCCACACUGCAUCCUACUUGACUUUCCUGUUUCUGCUGCUUCUGGCAUCACAGCAUAUCGUCACAACUGAUCCAAAAAGACAAGGACCUCCACCAACCAUUGUGGAGUGGAUGAUUCUGCCUUGGGUUUUAGGUUUUAUAUGGGCUGAAAUAAAACAGAUGUGGGAUGGUGGACUUCAAGAUUACAUUCAUGACUGGUGGAAUCUGAUGGAUUUUGUAAUGAAUUCUUUGUACCUAGCAACAAUUUCUCUUAAAAUUGUUGCCUAUUUUAAGUACAGUGGGUCAAGGCCACGAGAGGAAUGGGACAUGUGGCAUCCUACACUUGUGGCUGAAGCGGUUUUUGCCAUUGCAAACAUCUUCAGCUCUUUGCGUUUGAUCUCACUCUUUACUGCAAACUCCCACCUCGGGCCUCUGCAGAUAUCUCUUGGAAGGAUGUUACUGGACAUUCUGAAGUUUAUGUUCAUCUACUGCCUGGUACUGUUAGCAUUUGCAAAUGGAUUAAAUCAGCUAUACUUUUAUUACGAGACUAAUGAGCCUGAUACAUGCAAAGGGAUACGGUGUGAAAAGCAAAAUAACGCAUUCUCCACGUUAUUUGAGACUCUGCAGUCUUUAUUCUGGUCCAUAUUUGGACUGAUCAGUCUGCAUGUGACAAAUGUCAAUGCUCGACAUGAAUUUACAGAAUUUGUGGGGGCCACAAUGUUUGGAACGUACAAUGUCAUCUCUCUUGUGGUCUUAUUAAACAUGUUAAUAGCCAUGAUGAACAACUCCUACCAACUUAUUGCUGACCAUUCAGACAUUGAGUGGAAGUUUGCAAGAACAAAGCUUUGGAUGAGCUAUUUUGAAGAAGGUGGUACUCUUCCUACUCCCUUCAAUAUCUUGCCAAGUCCUAAAUCAGUUUGGUACUUGUUCAAAUGGAUUAAGAGACAAUUGUGCAAAAACAAAAAAACAAAAAAGCCAGAAAGCCUUGGAUCAUUAGGGAGACGUGCAGCUAAAAAUCUGAGAAAAAAUCACCACUACCAGGAGGUUAUGAGAAACUUAGUUAAAAGAUAUGUUGCAGCUAUGAUCAGAGAUGCAAAGACGGAAGAAGGACUGACGGAGGAAAAUUUCAAGGAGUUGAAACAAGACAUAUCAAGUUUCCGAUAUGAAGUUCUUGGGUUACUAAAAGGAAGUAAGACAGGGAUCAAACUUGGCACAGGGGCAUCUAAUCUGGCUAAUGUUGGGGGAUUUUGUAAAUACGAUGCUGCAAGCAGUGGAACAACUCAGAAGAGCAAGCUCCACCUUUUUGACGUGACUUCCUUGCUUCAACAAAGGCCUAAAUCCAAUGCUUCUGAAGGGUAUAAUGGCUUAAUCAAUGGAUCUGCACUUUUAGUCUCCGACAAAGGAAAACAACAAAAAAGGGAUAUUCCUAAACACCUGUCAAACUUUGGAUUAUUCCAAAGGCGGCAAAAAAUAAACAGUGUAAACCAGAGCACAAAUAAAAUCUACUCUGUUUCUGAGGAGGCAGGUGAAUAUGAGCUGGAUGAAACAACUUGUGACACCAAGGACAUUGAUAUUGCUGGAAUAGAAACUAGCAAUGAAUUAGAAAGCGAUUCAAGGACACCUAUUAAUCAAUUGAACACUGAGGACUUUUUGCAUGAACAAUCUUCUGACAGUAUUCCUUGUGCAUCUUCUUUGGAAACAGGAGAGGACAGCCUCGCCACUGAAGUUGGAAAAGGUAAUGGCUCUGCAGUAAAGGGGGAAUGUGACACAAGAUUGUGACAAUGUUUAUUUACACUGUUCUGUCUAAAUGAGCCAUCCUUCUAUGGACAUCCAAAAUGGGCUGGGCAAGUAAAUGGGAUGAUGCAGUUUUGACUGCCAUUUUCCUGGCAGUGGUGAACAUUAUCAAGCAGAAAAUACCCAACACACACUUCUGUUGACUUUCGUAAAGCAAAGCUGAACGGUUACUUUAUAUAAUCUGCAUUUUCAUAAUAUUCUGUUUUCGUUUCUGUUAACUAUUCUGUUUUUUUUUUAAUGUUCUGAUGUGUCUCUAUUGCUGUCUCUGCUGCAACUAUUACUUACUAAGUAUUCCAGAAAAAAAAAAAAAAACCUGUGAAAAUACUUUCCAAGGUUGUGCCUCUCAAAUGCUUCUGAGGCACUCAAACACAUUUCAGAAAAGCAGCAUCGAGGAGUCUUUUCAGAAGCAACUGUCCUGGAAUAGGCAGUUAGUACACAUGGCAAAUGAUGGUCCACGCAGACACAACAAUAAAGACUUCUACAGAACUCAGUGUAGGUUGGGAAACAUUAACCUCUAUUCUGGCAGGGCAGUAGCAGUGGUGGUGGAAUAGCUGGUGCAGCCAUUGGAAAGGUUUGGGGGAAAUACAUAUUUAACAGUGAUUAAUAUCCUUCACAUUUAUAAAUGAAGGCGUUACACCCUUCAUAGUCGUAUCAUUGUAGCUACAUUGUAGCCAGUAAUUAAGAUUGGCUCCUCCAUCAUUUCAACAGGUAUCAUUUUUUCUUAAUUAUUAAAAUAAUUGCUUAUUUAUAACUAGCUUCCUUUUUUUCUCCUGCAACACUCUUUGCAUGGAGGCUGGUAAAAGACACUGUUUUAUGUUUUUUGAACUCUGCAAC